CAGAGACGAACUUAAGCUGAUCGUAUUUUGUGUUUAUUUCACUCUUUUGAAACCUGUGCCCAAAUCAACGGACCUGGGGAAGCAGAGACGGCUUCGACAACUUGGGGGCGUCGUCCAGGAUUUGGGAAAACAGGUGAAAAUUGGGAUCACUGACAAGGACCAACAGACACCGGACACAGGCUAGCCAAAACUACAGAAAAGGUCCAUGGCCUCCCUGUACAGUGACCCUCAGUGGAGCACCAACAUGGACAAAGCUGUGUCCAAGCUGUCUGGUCCUGUGGUCGAGCUGGAGCAGGUUCUGGCCUGGUUGGCUGAGAAGUCAAAAGAGGAGAACUUCUCUCUCACUGAUAUCUGGGGAGUACUAACAUCUGCUGGCAUCAUGAAACAGAUGGAUCCACAGCAUCUUUCAGAGGAGGCCAGCAGGAAUGCCACUAACCCUUACCCCAUCUACUGCGCCUUAGAGAAACACUACUUCUCAAAUGGCCCGCUAGAAGGAAAGUGGUUUGAGGUGAGCCCUCAUGAGGCAGGAUUCACAGAAUUAAACCUCUUCGUUGAAACUUCUCUGUUGGGGAGCAAGUUUCAGAAUGGGGUGCUGGUGGAGAAGAAACCAGAGAUGGACAUCGUCAGACUACAAGGUUUGUCCAUCAUUUAG